AUGUUCAGUAUAGCCAAAUUUACCAUUAGUCCAACUAGAAAUCGUCUUGAGCCAGAAAAGGCCUAUGCUUCUCUUUGUCUUAAAACUUGGUUUGCAACAAGCUUAAUAAAGCUAUUUACAUUAUCAAUAAUUUAA